UCUGCCGUUGGCGGAGCUCCACAUAUCCGUAUCCAUGACAACCGUUGCCGCGUCCAACACUCACAUACCGGUGGUCAACUUCCACUUGGAAGAAACUGAGAUUUGAAAAGUUCAGUUUGCACAACUUAUGAGACAGUUAACAGUAAGAAGAUGGACGGGAAACAUUUGCCUGGUUUCGGUGUACUGGGGCCUCAUCCCCCCACCAGACCACGAGAUCCCAAAUCUCCAACUCUUAGUCACAAGUUCAGAUUGCCUCCAAUCAGAAAAUGCUAUCUGAGUGAACAGAGGGGCAUCUACUCAGAUAUCAUCUCUACACCCAAGUUUCAGUCGUGUACAGAGAGACCUGGGAUACAGCAGAGGUCACAGGGCCAACCCAUCCCCAAGUUCAGUGAUCUCAACAGAACAGAAGGUACUACUUUCAACACUCCAUGUGAACAGUACAGUCUUGUUGAAAAGGAUAACAAAGGAACCUCUUCAACGCAACCACAGACUUCUUACUUCAGCCAGGGUGGAGAUAAACCCAAGAUCCAGAUCGCCUACCAAACCAUUCCUGGCGAGAUCCCUCGCAAGUUAGCGAUUGAGCGAUGUCGAAGGGAGUACCUAAACAUAGAUUUUGAGCAGCUCCUGGCAGAAAAAGGCAUAGACUCUAAUCUCUUGAUGCCGAUACAUCAGAGCAGUAGUGAUAAACAUGGGACUACACCAGAUACUCCUGUGUCACCUUACCUCCCCCUGGAGAUAUUUGACAAUGAGGAUUAUGACUGCCGGACACCAGAGGACUGGCUCGCCCUGGGCUAUGCUGAACAAUCUCCAGAUCGAAAACCUAUACCUGCAAAAGCCCUGCUACCUACAGAUGACAAAAUUCCUUUUGAGUUCUCAAAAAGCUCCUCCCAUGAAUACAGCUGGAAUUUAGUUGGUGUUCUUGACUAUAGUAAUGAGAAAUGCCAAUACCUGGUACAGAAGGUUCGCCAAAACACCAAACUGACAGAUGAAGAAGGAAAUCCAACUGACAAACACAAAAAGAGCAAAUGUCCUGGAGUGAAUGACAUGCUACCAGACUCUAAGUACUGGAUACCCAGGAUCAGAUUGUUAUUCAGUGCAGAGGAUCCACGUGUCUUUGUUGAACGGAUCCAGUUUGCCCUGCACUGGAGGGAGAACACAGAAGCUCUCCUUCUCUACCGCUUGUCUGUGGACUGCAUGCCCAUCUGGAGGGGAACCCCAUCUCUUGAUACCCACAGUAUCAAAAGACAUGCCCUUUCUGCCCCUGGCCUCAGGCCAGAAAUUGUGAAGAAGUAUAUAGGGGUCCUGGAGAGGGAGAUCAAACUGGAGUAUGACUAUACAAUGAACCGCAUGAGCUUUAACAAAGUAGUGAUGAGCCAUCCAGAGGAGUUUGCACACAUCACCCUACCACAGAAGAAUCCUGAGUUUGUUCCUCAAAAAGGGUGUGUUCCUGUUCCUCACUCUGCCUAUAAGAAGAACCAAGCUGCUUUUAUCGACAAUUCCCUGCUAGUAAAGCCGGAGGUGAUCCGUGUGUUGUGUGAAAUAUGGGCCAACUGCAACAAAGUAGCAACAAUGAGACUGUUCAACAUCACUUUGAUUACACAACUGCGACUGGACGAGUUUGAAAACAUACAAUCUCAAACCCAGACUCAGAUUAACCUGUUUCUUAGGGAAACAUGGAUAGCAACAAUAAGCGACAUCAUCCUUUCCAACCUGCGGAAUUUAGGCCGGGGAUCCUACAACAUCAAUGAGUCUAACUGGGAGUCGUACAAGUUUUCCAAGCUGUACAGACUGAUGGCUGCGGUGCGCCUCAACCUGCAGAACUCCUUACGCUUCCUCGUGCAGGAUUCACUGACCAGCCUGACCCAGCUGCUGUUGGACGCCUGCCACAGUGUGCUCACAUGUCCUCAGGAACUAGUCUGGGGCAACAACCUCAUCACUAGCCCCUACGGGCUGAAGAAGAAUGCUCUGUUCCUGUUGGACUUGGUUCUGGAUCAGACUGGGGUUCAUUACAGCACACCUCUGGAGAAUUUUGAGACCUCUAUCGUUAACCUGUUUGACAACGGUAUUAUGGCCACGUACCACAUACCGCAACUUGAUAAGUUUGUGAUGCAGAAGUUGCCCAUCAUUGGUGAUUCAUUGCUGGAGUCAGUGAGCUUGUGGGAGCCAGAAGUAAAUGAGCAGAGAGAGAAGGUCCGCAAUGCUCUGAUACAAGCAGCCAUACCUCUCAGGGCUUAUGCUGCUGAAUAUGAGAAACACUUGGAGCUACACAACUCAGAUGUCAAAACCCUUCUCGAAUCUCAUACGUGUGUGGAACAGACAUCCCAAGAAGUGAAGAAAGAGGUGGAGCAGCAUCUCAAAGAAAAGGAGAAGCUCGAACACUCCCUGCCAUCCUCCAUUGUAAUUGGUCCAUUUUUUGUCCGUGUGGAAGCUGUACGUCAGACUCUCUCUAACAAAAGAAAGGCUUUAGCCAAGACAAUGCUGGAUCACCUUGCUGUGAAGCUACGCAAGCAGAUUGAUGAUGUGUGUGAAGAGUUUAACAUAAUCAGUCGAAAGUUACGUGAGAAGCCCACCAGCAUCGAGGAACUCACUGAAAAGAGGGACUGGAUGAAGCAAAUCCCAGAGCAGAUCAAGAGUUACAAGGAACUUAUUUGCAAGACCCUGCCAGACUAUGAAGUAUUUGAAGAAUUUUACUACUGUCUCACCGAUGAGGAUAUGAACAAAAAGUGGACAGCUAUUGGAUGGCCUCAAAAAAUAAUCAAUCAGAUGGAAGCAGCAGCCGUACAGCAUGUGGAGGAUGAGGAGCACUUCCAUAAGAUCCAGCUGGUCGAUCAGAACAACUUUGAGGAUCGCCUGGAAUCUCUAAAGAUGUUGGUUGCUGGGUUUACGAGCCACACGAACAUUGAUCAUGCCCAUGAGGUGGCCAACGAGGUUAGACGCAUAUGUGAUGCACUCAAUGAGUACCAGACAAUGGCACAGACCUACAACACCAGAGAACAUCUGUUUGGUAUUCCUGUCACUAAUUAUGAUCAUCUGCAGAAGCUGGUGAAGGACUUCCAGCCUUUUAAGGACUUGUGGACCACUACGUCUGAUUGGCUACUUUGGCAUGAGAGCUGGCUCAAUAGCCCGCUGUCUUCUAUUGAUCCUGAGCAGCUUGAGCGCAAAAUUACAGACGCCCACAAGACUAUGCACAAAUGUGUUCAACAGUUCAAGGACAUUCCCGACUGUCAGCUGGUGGCGGCUGUAAUCCUCAGCAAAAUUGAAGACUUCCGUCCUCACAUACCUCUGAUUAGGGGUCUGAGGAACCCAGGGAUGAGGAGCCGUCACUGGCAGAUGCUUUCAGAACGCAUUCAGAUGGAUGCCAAGCACAAAGCCAACGUGUCUUUCUCCCACUGUCUGGAGCUUGGCCUACAGAACCAUGUGGAUGACAUAGUUCAUGUGAGCGAGAUGGCUUGGAAAGAGUACGCCAUUGAACAGGCUCUGUCAAAGAUAGAGCAAGAGUGGUCGGCAGUAGUCUUUGAUGUGUUGCCCUACAAAGAGACAGGCACCUACAUCUUGAAGAGCCCAAAUGAAACGUCCCAGCUGCUAGAUGACCACAUUGUCAUGAUACUGAGCAUGUCCAACUCUCCCUUCAAAAAAACCUUUGAGAGCCACAUUGACGCCUGGGAAAGCAAGCUCAGAAUGACUCAGGAUGUGCUGGAGGAAUGGGUGAUGUGCCAGCGGUACUGGCUCAACUUGGAGCCCAUCUUCAGCUCUGAUUAUAUUAACCAGCAGCUGCCUAUGGAAGGAAAAAGAUACCAGCAAAUCAAAAAAACAUGGAAGACAGUGAUGAAAAAUGCCUUUAAUAAUCAAAAGAUGAUUGAGUUGUGUUCUGAUCUUCGUCUACUCCACAAACUGAAAAAGUGCAAUGCACUCAUGGAACAGGUGCAAAGGGGUCUCAGUGAGUACUUGGAGACAAAACGACAAUCCUUCCCCAGGUUUUACUUUCUCUCAGAUGAUGAGCUCCUGGAGAUUCUGUCCCAGACCAAAGAUCCUGCCGCUGUACAACCGCACUUGCUCAAAUGCUUUGAGAACAUCGCACAGCUUCAGUUCCAGUCGGAUCUACAGAUCACACAUAUGUACUCUGGAGAGGGGGAGGAGAUGAAGCUGGUUCUGCCUGUGUGGCCUACCGGGAAUGUGGAAGACUGGCUCAGGGAUGUCGAGACAUCUAUGAAGGCCACAUUAAGGAAUAACAUUGACCGCUCACUCAGAGUCUACCCUGAGCAACCUCAUGCUGAGUGGGUAUUAUUGUGGCCUGGUCAAGUGGUGAUAGCUGGCUGUCAGGUCUUCUGGACUGCGGAGGUGUCUAAGGCUUUGGAGCAAGGAAACUUGGCCAACCGCCUUUAUCCACAGCUACAGACACAACUGGGUGACUUGGUGCAACUCGUGAGAGGAGGUCUGUCAAAGAUGCAGCGAGCUAUACUGUCUGCCCUUAUCGUCAUAGAGGUCCAUGCUAAGGACGUUGCAGCCAAACUGGUGGAGCAGGAGGUCUCAAGCAUCAAUGACUUUGAGUGGAUCAGCCAGCUCAGAUAUUACUGGGCAAAAGAUGACUUGUACAUCCGUGCAGUGAAUGCAGAGUUCUUGUAUGGAUAUGAGUACCUUGGUAACUCUGGGCGUCUGGUCAUCACCCCGCUCACUGACAGAUGCUACCUGACACUAACAGGAGCUCUACACCUGAAGUUUGGAGGGGCUCCUGCAGGUCCAGCAGGUACAGGAAAGACAGAAACCACAAAAGAUCUGGGAAAGGCUCUGGCUAUCCAGACAGUUGUUUUCAACUGCUCUGAUCAGCUCGACUUCAUUGCCAUGGGAAAGCUUCUCAAAGGACUUGCCAGCUCUGGUUCGUGGGCAUGCUUUGAUGAGUUUAAUCGUAUUGAUGUGGAAGUGCUGUCUGUGGUGGCACAACAGAUCGCCACUAUACAGAAGGCUCAACAGCAAAAGGCAGAGCGGUUUGUGUUUGAGGGGACAGAGAUCCGUCUUGUCCCCUCUUGUGCUGUAUUCAUCACUAUGACUCCUGAUUACGCUGGACGCACUGAUCUGCCCGACAGCCUCAAGGCUCUGUUUCGUCCUGUGGCCAUGAUGGUACCUGACUACGCCAUGAUAGCUGAGAUCUCCCUGUAUUCGUUUGGCUUCAGUGAUGCCAAAGUCCUCUCAAAGAAGAUCACCACCACUUUCAAGCUCUCCUCUGAACAGCUGAGUUCUCAGGAUCAUUAUGAUUUUGGUAUGAGAGCUGUGAAGACUGUGAUCUUAGCUGCCGGGAACCUGAAGAAAGAAAAUCCUGACAUGAAUGAGGAGUCAAUCUGUCUGCGGGCCAUUCGAGAUGUCAGUGCACCAAAGUUUUUACAAAAUGACCUGAAGCUUUUCAACGGCAUCGUGUCCGAUCUUUUCCUGAAGACAAAACAGGAGCCAGUCAAAUAUGGCACACUGGAAGAGUCCAUGCGGAAUGUCUGCGUUAAGAAGAACCUGAAAGAUGUGGACGGGUUUAUUAAAAAGUGUAUUCAGCUGUAUGAGAACACUGUGGUGAGACACAGCCUGGUGUUGGUGGGACCUUCUGGAUCAGGUAAAACCAAGUGUUACGAGGUACUAGGUGCAGCAAUAACAGCUCUACAGGGGCAGCCCUCCAUGAGUGGUGGUGUGUAUGAGGCAGUGCAGAUAUAUGUCCUCAACCCCAAGUCUGUCACCAUGGGACAGCUCUACGGGGAGUAUGACCUGCUCACACACAAGUGGACAGAUGGUAUCCUCCCAUCUCUUAUUCGCGGAGGUGCAGCAUCCAUGGAAAAAGAGAAAAAUUGGUACAUGUUUGAUGGGCCCGUUGAUGCUGUAUGGACUGAGAACAUGAACACUUUGCUUGAUGACAACAAGAAACUGUGCCUCAGCUCUGGGGAAAUCAUUAAGCUCACUGAUGCGAUGACCAUGAUGUUUGAGGUGCAAGACUUGGCGAUGGCCUCUCCUGCCACAGUGUCACGCUGCGGGAUAGUCUACCUGGAGCCCAGUAUUCUGGGCCUCGUCCCUUUUACAGAAUGCUGGCUAAAGCGGGUCCCUGAAGCCCUGAAACCAUACACGGAGCAGCUUGACUCCCUGUUUGCCAGGUUCCUGCAGGAUUCUAUCACAUUUGUGCGCACAUCAGUAAAGGAGGUCAUCACAUCCCUGGACAGCAACCUCACCUGCAGUCUGCUAAAACUUAUGGACUGCUUCUUCAGUCCUUUUGACACUAAAGAGGAUGAGAGGCCACCGCCACAGAAGAAACUGGACCGGAUAAAGGAGCUGAUCGAGCCCUGGUUUAUUUUCUCCCUGGUGUGGAGUGUAGGAGCCACAGGAGAUGCAGCCAGCUGUAAGCGCUUCAGUGCCUGGCUCAAGAACAAGAUGGCAGAAGAAAAGAUUCACUUAUGUUUUCCAGAGGAGGCCCUGGUGUAUGACUAUAGGCUUGAUGAUGCAGGGAUUUGUAACUUUGAGGAUGAUGAUGAAGAUGAGGAAAGAAAAGUCCAGUGGGUCAGCUGGAUGAAAUCUGCAAAGAGUGUUGUGAUCACCCCCGAGACAAAUUAUGCUGACAUCAUUGUUCCCACUGCUGACACAGUGAGAAUGUCAUUCCUCAUGGAUAUGCUUUUGACCAACAAAAAACCUGUGCUGUGUAUUGGUCCAGCUGGCACAGGGAAAACGCUGACCAUGUCAAACAAGCUGCUUAAGAACAUGCCCACAGAAUACAUCACACACUUCCUCAUGUUCUCUGCCCACACAUCAGCCAACCAGACUCAAGAUUACAUUGACAGUAAACUAGAAAAAAGGCGGAAAGUUGUGUUUGGACCCCCGGUAAGGAAGCAUUUCAUCUUCUUCAUUGAUGACCUGAACAUGCCCAUGUUGGAGACCUAUGGUGCUCAGCCUCCUAUUGAACUGCUGAGGCAGUGGCUGGACCAUGGAGGCUGGUAUGACAGGAAACAGAUAGGGGCAUUCAAGCACAUUGUGGACAUCAAUUUUGCCUGUGCCAUGGGACCUCCAGGUGGAGGACGGAACCCCAUCACCCAGCGCUUCACGCGCCACUUUAACUUACUGUCCUUCACUGAAAUGGAGGAUGCCAACAAGAAAACGAUUUUCUCCACCAUUCUGGGCAGCUGGAUGGGACCUGUGCCAGCUAUCCAGCCACUGAAUGAGUCUCUUGUAGACGCUUCUGUCCGAGUCUACGCUACCAUCACCUCCCAGCUUCUCCCAACUCCAGCCAAGUGCCAUUACACCUUCAACCUCAGAGACUUGUCAAAAGUCUUUCAGGGCAUGCUCACGGCAGAGGCUGGAGUGAUAGAGGACAAAUUGCAGCUGCUGCAGCUGUGGUACCAUGAAAGCUGCCGGGUUUUCCAGGACCGCCUGGUGUGUGCGGAGGACAGGAACUGGUUUAACAGUCUCCUGAAGGACUGCAUUAAAGACUUUGACUGCAGCUUUGAAGAGGUUGUACCCUGCCAACCUGUUUUGUAUGGAGAUUUCAUGAUUCCUGAGGCACAACACAAAGUCUACACAUUUAUACAAGACAUUGAAAAGUUGGAGAAAAUUAUGGAGGAAUACAUGGAAGACUACAAUGAGAGAAGUACCACCAAGAUGAAGCUGGUGCUCUUCAUGGAUGCCAUUGAGCAUGUUUGCCGUAUCAGUCGCAUCCUGCGCCAGCCCCUAGGCAAUGCCCUGCUCCUGGGAGUGGGUGGGAGCGGGCGCCAGUCGCUCACUAAGCUGGCCUCACAUAUGUCAGACCACGAGUGCUUCCAGAUUGACCUGGCUAAGAACUAUGGUCAGACAGAGUGGAGAGAAGAUAUCAAAACCAUUAUGCUAAAGGCUGGCCUUCAGGACAAGCAGAUCACCUUCCUCUUUGUAGACACACAGAUUAAGAGUGAGUCAUUCCUGGAGGAUAUCAACAACAUUUUGAACUCUGGGGAUGUCCCCAACCUGUAUGCAACGGACGAGCAGGAGCGUAUCAUGGCAACCAUGAAGCCUGUGGUGCAAGACCUGGGCCAGCAGCCAACUAAAGCCAACCUUAUGGCUGCCUACAUCAGGCGGGUCCGCAGCAACAUCCACACUGUACUCUGCAUGAGUCCCAUCGGUGAGAUAUUCCGUGCGCGACUAAGGCAGUUUCCCUCGCUGGUGACAUGUUGCACCAUAGACUGGUUCAACGCUUGGCCAGAGGAGGCUCUACAGGCUGUGGCCACAUCAUUUCUUAAUGAGCUGCCUGAGGUUGAAGCCGGCCCCACAGCCAUGAAGGGACUGACGCUGAUGUGUGUGAGGAUCCAUCAGACGGUCGCCAAGAAGUGUGAACAGUGCCUGGCUGAGCUUUCUCGACACAACUAUGUCACACCCCAGAGCUACCUGGAACUGCUCAAAGUCUUCUCAGAUCUCACUAGACGCAAGAAGCAAGAACUUUGUAGCGCUCGCCACCGCGUGAAGACUGGCCUGGACAAGAUUUUCAGCGCAGCAGAUGAUGUAAGGAAGAUGCAGGAGGAGCUUGAGGCGAUGAGGGCUCUUUUGGAGGAGGCUGCUAAGGACUCUGAAUUCACUAUGGAGACAAUCAAAAAACAGACAGUGGUUGCAGAGGAGACGCGGAAGUCUGUGCAGGCAGAGGAAGCCAAAGCUUCAGGGAGAGCCCGUUUUGUAGGAGCCAUCGCAGCAGACACCCAGAGAGACUUGGGUGAGGCUCUGCCAGCAUUGGAUGCUGCCCUCGCCAGCCUCAAGUCACUCCACAAGAAUAAUGUCACUGAGGUGAGAGGCAUGCAGCAACCACCGCAUGGGGUGCAGCUUGUUAUUGAGGCAGUUUGCAUUAUGAAAGGCAUCAAGCCCAAAAAGAUACCAGGAGAGAAGCCUGACACUGAGGUCGAUGACUACUGGGAACGUGGUAUGAAUCUGCUACAAGAUCCUGGCAAAUUUCUGGAGAGCCUCUUCAAGUAUGAUAAGGACAACAUCCCAGAUAAUGUGAUCAGUUCAGUCCAGCCCUACAUAGAUAAUGAGGAAUUCCAGCCAGCCGCCAUUGCCAAGGUUUCGAAAGCCUGUGCUUCCAUUUGCCAGUGGGUGCGAGCCAUGCAUGUAUAUCACUUUGUGGCCAAGGCUGUGGAGCCUAAAAGGCAAGCCCUCCAGGAGGCCCAGAAGGACUUAGAGGUGACUGAACGCAUCCUGGAUGAUGCCAAAGAGCAGCUGGCAGCAAUGGAGAGUGGCAGAGCCACGUUGCAGGCCAAGUUCCAUGAGUGUGUGGCUAAGAAAGAAGAGCUGGAUAAAAAGUAUCAACUGUGUGAGGCCCGCCUCAUCCAAACAGAGAAGCUUAUAGGCGAACUGGCAGAUGAGAAGGUGCGUUGGAAGGAAACAGUGCAACAUCUGGAUUACAUGAUCAAUAAUGUGGCGGGCGAUGUGCUUCUGUCUGCAGCAUAUGUAGCAUACCUGGGACCUUUCACUGGAGAGUACAGGACAGCCAUGGCAGAGGAGUGGCUUCAUUGUUUCAAAGAGCUAAAUGUUCCACACACUGACAAACCCAACCUUAUCAACACCCUCGGAGAUCCAGUCAAGAUCCACUCCUGGCAGGUAUCAGGUUUGCCGAAAGAUAACCUGUCAGUGGAGAAUGGUGUGAUUGCUCAGUACUCUUUGCGCUGGGCUCUCUUUAUUGAUCCUGAGGGACAAGCCAACACAUGGAUCAAAAACAUGGAGCGGGACAAUGGACUGGAGGCUAUGAAGCUAAAUGAUCAAAACUUCCACCGCAGCCUUGAGAACGCCAUUAUCUUUGGUAAACCCUGCCUCUUGGAAAAUGCAGGAGAGGAUUUAGAUCCUGCUCUAGAACCCAUCUUGUUGCAACAGACAUUCAGGCAACAAGGCAGCACUGGGCUGAAGCAAUACAUCCCUUACCAUGAAGGCUUUAAGUUGUACAUCACUACCAAACUGCCGAACCCACACUACUCACCAGAGGUCUCCACCAAAGUCACACUAAUAAACUUCACCCUGUCACCAAGUGGCCUAGAGGACCAGUUGCUGGGCCAGUUGGUGGCUAAAGAACGUCCAGAUCUGGAGGAGGCUAAGAACCAGCUGAUCAUCAGCAACGCCAAGAUGAGACAAGAGCUGAAAGUAAUUGAGGAUGAGAUCUUGUUCCGACUCAGCUCCACAGAGGGGAACCCUGUGGACCACGAGGAGAUCAUUCAAGUGUUGAAGGCUUCUAAGACCAAGGCUGCAGAGAUCAAGAGCAAAGUGAUGGAAACAGAGCAGACAGAGAAGAACAUCAACGCCACACGUAUCGUGUAUGUUCCUGUGGCUGUGCACACACAGAUCCUCUUCUUUUGUGUAGCCGAACUGUCAAAUGUUGACCCCAUGUACCAGUACUCCCUGGAAUGGUUCCUUGGUAUCUUCAUUGCUGGCAUCACCAACUCUGAGAAAGCAGACACAGUGGAGAGGAGAAUCGCCAACAUUAAUGAGUUUUUCACCUUCAGCCUAUAUAGCAACGUGUGCCUCAGCUUGUUUGAGAAGCACAAACUCAUGUUUGCCUUCUUCCUGUGUGCUCGCAUCAUGAUGAAUGAGAACAAAAUUGAUAUGGCUGAGUGGCGCUUCCUGCUAUCUGGAGGGAUGAUCAUCCAAGAGCUGUCAAACCCAGCAGUGAGCUGGCUGCCUGAGCGUGCCUGGCAGGAGAUCCAGGGCCUCAGCGCUCUGGACAACUUCAGCAACUUGGCAGAGAGCUUCACCGAACAUCUGCAGGAUUUCAAAAGAAUCUUUGACAGCAACCAGCCUCACAGGGAGCUCCUCCCAGGAGACUGGGACACAAAGCUGGACUCAUUCCAGAAGCUGCUGGUUCUGCGCUGCUUGAAGACUGAUUGUCUCAUUCAAGGCCUGCAGGAGUUUGUGUCAGCUCAGCUGGGUCAGCGCUUCAUAGAACCUCAGACGUCAGACCUGUCCGUGGUUUUCAAGGAGUCCUCCCCCCGCACCCCCCUCAUCUACAUCAUGUCCCCUGGCGCUGACCCUGCUGCUGACCUCUACAAGUUUGCUGACGUUAUGCAGUUCUCCAAGAAAAUUUGUGCCAUCUCUCUGGGCCAAGGCCAGGGCCCCCGGGCUGAGACCAUGAUGCACACUGCCAUGGAAAAAGGGCAGUGGGUCCUUCUCCAGAACUGUCACCUGGCACCCAGCUGGAUGCCUGCCCUGGAGAUACUCAUUGAGAAAAUCGACCCAGUAAAGGUGCACAAGGACUUCCGUCUGUGGUUAACCAGUCUCCCCAGCAACAAGUUCCCAGUCUCCAUUCUCCAAAAUGGGUCAAAGAUGACCCUCGAGCCUCCCAGAGGAAUCAAGGCCAAUCUACAGAAAACCUACCUCAGGCUCACAGAUGAUUUCAUCUGCUCUUCCACCAAGAUGUCACACUUCAAGUCUUUGCUCCUGUCUCUGUGCCUUUUCCAUGGAAUUGCUCUGGAGCGAAGGAAGUUUGGCCCACUGGGCUUUAAUAUUCCCUAUGAGUUCACCGAUGGGGACCUGAACAUCUGCAUCAGCCAACUCAAAAUGUUCCUGGAGGAGUACCAGGACAUCCCAUACAAGGUGCUUAAAUACACUGCAGGGGAGAUAAAUUAUGGCGGCCGUGUGACAGAUGAUUGGGACAGACGCUGUCUGCUCAGUGUGCUGGAGGAUUUCUACUGUCACGCUGUGCUUAUUGAUGAUCAUGUCUAUUCUUCGUCUGGAGUCUACAGGCAGAUAGACACAAGUCUGGACAUCAAGGGUUACUUGGAAUACAUUCAUGGUUUGCCCAUCAAUGAUACACCUGAGAUCUUCGGUCUCCAUGACAACGCUAACAUCAGCUCUGCCCAGAGUGAGACCUUCGCUCUGCUGGGGGCCUUGACGUGUCUGCAGCCUCAAGUUGCAACGGCUGGGGGCAAAACCCUGGAUGAGACGGUGGAGGAGACAGUGAAGGGCAUCGCUGAGAAGAUUCCUCCACCUUUCAGUGCUCAAGAUGUGAUGGAAAAGUACCCGGUCCUCUAUGAAGAGUCCAUGAACACAGUGCUCAUCCAGGAGGUCAUCAGAUAUAAUAAUUUGUUGGUGGUCAUCUCUCAGAGUCUCAGCGAUAUUGUGAAGGCUCUGAAGGGUUUCCUCCCGAUGACAUCAGAGCUGGAGCUCAUGGCCAACAGCCUGUUCAACAACGCGGUGCCUGAUAUAUGGAAAACCAAGGCCUACCCAUCUCUGAAGCCUCUGGCCUCCUGGGUGUCAGACCUGCUUCAGAGAAUCAAUUUUCUGCAGAGAUGGAUCCAUAAUGGCAUUCCACCUGUCUUCUGGAUUAGCGGCUUCUUUUUCCCCCAGGCUUUUCUCACCGGGACCCUACAGAAUUACGCCCGUUGCUCUGGCACCUCCAUCGACACAAUUGAAUUUGACUUUAAGGUGAUAGCAAAGUCAGUGUCAGAGAUAACAGAGAAACCAAGUACAGGCUGCUACAUCCACGGUCUAUUUCUGGAGGGGGCUCGCUGGGAUAACGAGGCAGGUCAACUCACUGAUUCUAGGCCCAAGGAGCUCUACACAGAAAUGGCCGUCAUCUGGCUUAUCCCCAAACCUAACCGCAAACCUCCGACCUCUGGGGUCUAUGUCUGCCCCAUUUACAAGACCCUCACACGUGCUGGGACUCUGUCUAAGACCGGUCACUCCACCAACUAUGUGAUCGCCGCGGAGCUGCCCACAGAUCGCAGUCAGAGACACUGGAUCAAGCGGGGAGUCGCACUCAUCUGUGCACUGGAUUACUAAACACAGACAAACACUUUUUCAUAAACAAGAAAAACACCUGUCUUUAUAGUGUAUCUUUGUAUUACACCCCCACUUUUACAGACCCGUUUUCUGCGCUACUUGUGUCACCAAAUAAGACUUCAUUGAACCUCUCCUUCUGUCUGUGGAAUAAACAGGUUUUCACAAUGCCA